CAAGAGACGAAUACGGAGUGCUCGCUUCUCCUUGCCUCAGACAGAGUGAAAUAGAAGGGAAAACGGAUAUAUUUGCCUGUUGUUUGGAUGAGACCGUCAUGUGAAGGCUUGACGGCUCUCCGUGAUGCGCUUUUUUUCUUUUACGGAAGGUGAGCAGUAACCUUCAGAAAUCUCCGCGGAUUCGUGGACGGCGCAAAAACGCGAGAGAUACAUUCUUGGAUCUGCCUCCUCUUAAUAUUUAGAAACGGGCUGUCCAGUGCUUUGCGCAGCACUGUUCAAAAUUCCUCCCCUCUGCGUGGAAUCGGCAAGUCCCUAACCGAGCAGCGUUUGAAGGCAUCAUACACUGAGUUGGAAGGCGUCAGGAGAAGUUCAAAUUUCAAGAUCUCAUCAUGACAGCCACGAAGGAUCAACAGAAUCAAAGAACCAUCCAACAGCAACAAGGAGAGGACCUUGGUGGAGGGAGUCCCCAGCAGAGGAACUGGAAAGGGAUUGCUAUCGCCCUGCUGGUGAUCUUGGUGGUCUGUUCCCUCAUCACCCUGUCUGUUAUCCUCCUCACCCCAGCGGACGUUUCUGGGGGCAACGACACGAGGCUGACGGUGGAGGAUCUGUUUAAGGCCGACUUCGCCGCGCACGACCCUGAGGCCCGGUGGAUCAACGAGUCCGAUGUUGUGUACAGGAACCGGGAUGGCCAGGUCAUCAGGCUCAAUGUCCUCACCAACGAGAUUGUGGUGGUGUUGGCAAACAGCACCUUUGUCGAUUACAAUGUCGCAAAGUACUCUGUUUCUCCUGACCUAAAGUAUGUGCUCUUCGCCUAUCACGUGAAACAGGUAUACCGUCAUUCAUACACUGCAUGGUACAUGAUUUACAACGUCUAUACGAGGGAGGUGUUGGAGCUGAACCCCCCAGAGGUACAGAAUGCCGUGCUGCAGUACGCUGAGUGGGGCGUGCAAAGACAGCAGCUGAUAUACAUAUUUGAGAAUAACAUCUAUUAUCAAUCAGACGUCAGAGGAAAUUCACUGAGGCUGACAUCGUCUGGGAAAGAAGGCCUGGUCUAUAAUGGAAUCGCCGACUGGUUAUACGAAGAGGAGAUCCUGGGCUCCCACGUGGCACACUGGUGGUCCCCCGAUGGGGAGAGGCUGGCUUUCCUGGCCAUCAAUGACUCGCUGGUGCCCAACAUGGUGCUCCCCCAGUUCACUGGGGACCAGUACCCCAGAGGGAAGCACUAUCCGUACCCCAAGGCUGGCCAGCCCAACCCCAUCGUGAAGCUGUACGUGGUGAACCUGUACGGGCCUACCCAUACUCAGGAGCUGCCACCUCCAGACAGCCUGCAGGCCAGGGAGUACUAUGUGGCCAUGGUGAAGUGGAUCAGCAACACCAAUGCGGUGGUGCGGUGGCUGAACCGGGCCCAGAACGUGUCCGUCCUGACCGUGUGUGACACCACCAUCGGAGCCUGCAUCAAGAGACACGAAGAGACUUCUGAACUCUGGUUAACCAAACAGAACCAGGAACCAGUUUUUUCGAAAGAUGGCACCAAGUUAUUCCUGACAGUCCCAGUGAAACAGGGGGGCCAAGGAGAAUUCCAUCACAUUGCUAUGUUUACGAGUCAGUCCAGGGCUGAUCAGAGUGAAGUGCGUCAUUUAACAUCGGGGAACUGGGAGGUAACCACGGUGAUGGCGUACGACGAACACGACCGCAGCGUAUAUUUCCUCAGUACGGAGCAUUCCGCACGAAGGAGACACCUGUUCAGAGUGUCUACCGUGGACCCGUUUCCACGGCAAUGUUUGACGUGCGAGUUGAGCAGGGCGCACUGCACCUUUUUCGACGCCGACAUCAGCCCCGACCAUCAGCACGUCCUCCUCCGCUGCAAAGGUCCUGGUGUACCAGUCGUAGCCGUACUGAGUCUGAAUAAUUCAAACAAUUACAUUAUCCUGGAAAACAACACCAUUCUGAAAGCUGCGUUGAGAAAUAGAAGAGUUCAGCACACAGAAUUCAGAACUGUUCCCAUCGAGCACUUCGAUCUGCCCUUGAAGAUCUCGUACCCCCCUGAUUUCACCGAGACACAGCUGUACGGCCUUCUCCUGGUUGUGGAUGGCACCCCUGGGAGUCAGUCUGUGAGCGAGCGGUACCAGCUGGACUGGGACUCGGUUCUGGUCAGCUCGGGGAGUGUCAUCGUGGCUCGGCUGGACGGCAGAGGGACCGGGUUCAGAGGACAGAGGGUUCUGUACGAGGUUCACCUGCGCCUGGGCACGGUGGAGGUGCAGGACCACAUCGCUGCCAUAGAGUACAUGCUGAGAUUCCCAUACAUUGAUCGCACACGAAUAGGGAUGUUUGGAAUGGAUUAUGGAGGCUACAUUACAAUAAAGACUCUAAAGUCAGCGGAGAGCCUGGUCAAAUGUGCUGUUGCAGUGUCUCCAGUAACAGACUGGACAUUUUAUGCGUCUGCGUUUUCUGAAAGAUACCUUGGCAUGCCUUCCGAGAACAACAACAAGUACCAGUUAUCCAGUGCACUGCAGAACGCCCAGAACACCCAGGGCCCCCAGGAACACGGCCUGAUGCUGGUGCACGGCAUCUCAGACGCCAAUGUUCAUUUUCAGCAUUCGGCCGAGCUGAUUAAAAACCUGAUAAGGGUCGGUGCAAAUUACACAAUUCAGAUCUACCCAGACGAGGGACACUUUCUAUCUCACAACAGCCAGCGCCACCUCACCUCCUCCCUGCUGUCGUACUUCCGGGAGUGUCUGAAGGAGGACCUCCUGCUGGCGCCCGAGGAGCCGGAGGAGGAGGAGUAGCAGGGGCGCCGCGAUCGGCCGGACUUUAUUAUUUAUUUUCGUACCUGCCCUCAGAAGGAUUUCGGAGUGGUCUCCAGGAGCCACGGGGGGAAAAGUCGGGGGCGUUAAAAGACGGAACGUGAGAAACAGGAGCAGCCUGGGGGGGGGCGUCCGGUGGGAGCCCUACCAUAUCAAACGGGGCCCCUCAGGCAUCAUCAGACAUCAAUUACCAUCGCGGCGAAGCACAAGAUGGCGUCCCACUCCCUCCCCCCCCCCCCCCCCCCCGAACCGGGGGCGACAGUUUGCAUUCUUAUUUCCUUUCUAUUCCCGCAGCUGUUAAGUGCAUGGUUAUGUUUAUUCAGUGCCACCCGUUCACCCAUGUAGAUAUCUGUUGUGGUAGCCAUUCAGAGAUUUACAGCUUUACGGCGUUUCACCCUCUUUUGUAUCGGUGUACGAUGAAAUGCUCAUCUCCCGUUCCGUGUCAGCAAUGCAGAUUUCAACAUUACUGUGACACCCAUAACUAAGUGCAAUUCUGGUUCGACCCUCGUGUGUUCACCCCUUAAAAAUAUAUUGUAUUUUCUACAAUGCAGCAGAGAGUGUAUAUAUAGGUAUAUUUUUGCGAUAUGUCAGGUCUCAUGGCUGUCUCUAUGGGGAUUGAUUUAUUUGAAAUCAGACCUGUAUGUUAUUUCUAUUUGGUCUUGUUUUGUUGUUUUCCUUUAGGAUGACUUUUGUAAUGCUUGUUCUUGUUGUUUUGAGGGGAGGGGUGGAUUUGGGUUGGGUGCUAAUUGUUAUUGUCUUCUAGUAAUGAUUAUAAAUAA